CACAAACGCGAGAAAACUUUGAAAGUGGCGGCAGAGAUACACACAAGACAACAAGAAGAAGCGAUACCGCCGUUGCAAGGACCAGCCAGCAGAGGCAAGGGAGUGAAGAUGGAUGGCAAGGGCGAGGCUGGAGAUCCAGCCCGGCAGCAGCAGGAGGAGGAGGAAGGAAGUGAUGCGGCUGCUUCCACGACAGCAUCCACAGCAGGGUCAAAGCCGAGGCGGCGAAGGAGGGCGGCAAGAUCAAAAGAGUCAAAGCUGGAGAACUACGAUGCGUUGAACUGGCGCAUUCACCAGCUGUACACGGAGCAGCGCUUCGAUGACUGCGACAAGCUCAUCGAGCUCGCACUUCAACGGUCCCAGAGUCAGUGCGACUAUGCCCUUUAUGUUCGAGGGAUGAUCCUGAAAGCCCAAGGACAGCUCAAGGAGGCCCAGACCGCCUUCCAGGAAGUCCUCAGAUUGCGACCAACAAACCACCACGCUGCACUCCAAAUCGCCCGCUGCCUGUAUCUGAGCGGCAAGUUCCGGGCGGCACUGGACGUGUUUGACCAGGCCGCAGAGAUUGGCGUCAGCAGCUGGCGGGUACACCACGACAAGAGCAUGUGCCACGUGCGGCUGAAGCAAUACGACCAGGCCGAGCAGCUGCUUGGGCGCGCACUCGCCAUCUACAACAAUGCGCUGUCGCUGCAGCAGCUGGCGCGUGUUCGCAUCCUCACAUCGGAUCUGCCCGGUGCUGCCAAGGCAUACGAGGAGGCUCUCAAGAUCUCUCCCGAGGACACGGAGAUCAUGACAAGUCUUGGGCUGCUGUAUCUGCGGAUGGGGCAGCCCAGUCGCGCCUUUGAGCUCUUUGGCACCUGCCUCACAUACGAUCCGCGCGACACACGGGCAAUUCUCGCCGCUGCGUCCAUCAUCCAAGACAACGAGGACUACGACGUCGCACUCGUUAAAUACCGCAUCUCGGCAGUGCUGACGCCAGAAUCAGCAGAGCUGUGGAACAACAUUGGCAUGUGCUUCUUUGGAAAGCAGAAAUAUGUGGCGGCCAUUGCGUGCCUGAAGCGUGCAGCGUACCUUGCUCCAUUCGAGUGGAUGGUUGCGUUCAACCUCGGUCUGGUCCACCUCACCGUUGGCCAGCACGCCUCCGCCUACCACUUCUUCAGCGCAUCUGUGAAGCUCCGGCCGAAGUUUGCGCCCGCGUAUGGCCUGCUUGGCGUCACCCUGCACAAUCUCAAGGAUCCAGAGAGCGCAGACACCGCUUUCAAGCGCGCAAUCCAACUCGACCCGAGUGACCCCAUCACACACAUCAACUACGCUGUCAUGCUCUUUGAGCACGGUGACAUCAAGGGCGCAGCACAGCAAUUCAGCGUGUAUGAAACCAUUGCUGACAACAUGGAAGGCUUUAAGGAAGAACAUGGUGACUGUGUGCACACUGCUCGGCUGCUGCAGACAAAACUGAAGACAAAUAACACAUCCACGGCCUCUGCUGCCAAGUCCAGCACAACACCAGCAGCAACAGCAGCAUCGUCGUCAGCACAGGUGCCACCAGUCUCGGCUGUGCCAGCGGCAAACGGUGACAGCUCCCAAGAGAUGCUGCUCUAACUGCCAAAGAAUCUGCAUCACCGUUGAUUUGUUUUGUUUUGGACGCAUGUCGAUGUGGCAGAGAGGGAAAGGAGAGGGGAGAAGGUGUGUGUGUGCGUGUGUGUGUGUGUGUGUGUGCAUGGUUAUCAUCCACCGUUUCCAUUGACUUGAAGAAACAGUCAGAGAGCCAG